AGAUUUGCAGCGACGCCAAUUGCGACAAAAACAAGCAGCCAAAAAAAAAAAGGAAAGACAAAUGUGAAAAUUAAACGACAAAUUCAUUGGCAUUCUCAUUUCAAAAUGAGUGCCUACAAUCGCAAAGUAUUACAGAAACUGUGCCCCGGCAGCAAAUCCCUGGAUGCGGACAGUGCAAUGGACGAGUCGGGCUACGCGUCCUUUAAAGUGCUGCACAACUCAACCGUGGAGGCGCCAUUUUUGUUUGAACGUGAUAGCGAAACGGAGAACUGCCGCAAUGCUUCCAACACGACGACGACGACGACACAGGGACGCUUGCAAAAGUCAAGAUACGAUUCGAUACAAUUCCAAACGCCGAACAGCAGCAGCAGCAUCAGCAACUGCAAUGAAUCCAAUUCGACAGCCAACAGAACGCUGUGGCACAAAUCGCUGAGUCUGCCCGCGGCCAGUUGCGUGCAGCUGGAGGAGAGCGAGGAUGAGGAUGGAGGGCAGGCGAGCAAAUCGCCGCUGCUGCUGUGCGCCACCAAGCGCCGCAAGUCGUAUUACCAGCCCAUGGCGCAUCACAGUAGCCCCAAGAAGUCCAAGAAAAAGCUGUUUCCACAGCCCGCGCUGGCACCCAUCUGCCGCACACGCUACUACGACGGCUUCGAGCAUCUGGACAUCAUUGGCAUGCUGAGCAACACGCUGCCCGCCUUGGAGUGCAUACUGGCCCAUGUCAGCUCUCACACGCUGGACGUCAUGACCAAGGUGACGGAGCGCUGGGCGCAGGCGGUGUACAAGAGCCAGCGUGCAACAGAGCGACUGCAUAACCAUCGCUUCAAGAUGAACCUCACCAAGGAGAACACGCACACGGUGAAGCGUGGACGCAUGCUGUCCAAGACCCUGAACAAACACUUAGUGCCAUUACAGCCUUCCAAUGCCAUACACAAACCAAACAAACACGAUAACUACAUGAACGUGCCCAAGGACGACAAUUGCCUGCUGGUGGAGCAGAUGCAGCGCAUUAAAUGCCCGCGCUGCGGCAAGUGCAGCAGGGUCUUUUACAGCCAGGCGGCUGAGCAGACGCCACAGAUGAGUCGCCACGGGCCGCACAGAGCUGCCCUUUCGCAAACAUUACCACACGUGUACUCCUUCAGCGAGCCGAAGGCCGCCCUGACGCGCUUCUAUUCGCUGGAUGAGGUGAAAAGCUCGCCGGACGAGAACGAUGCCGCCGCACCGCAUUCCAUUGGCGAGUGCACCAGCGUUUUUUGCAAAUUUCGCUUUUGUGUGCACUGCUGCUGCCCGCCGCAUCCUGGCGUCAAGUGCCUGGUCACCGAGCUGGGCACGCCCUCAAAAGUGAUGAUGCCCAGCGAGAGAUUGACGCCGCCCAAGCGCAACCAGAACUGCGACUACAAGCUCAGCCGCAAGAACUCGCUAAAGCGUUUAAACUUUUAAGCAAAGCAACAGAAACAACAAAACCAAUUUGAAUCCUUAGCUUUAGUUAUCGAAUAUUCAACUGUACCAAGGUUUUUUACAUGUUUAACUAGUAUUAUAGUCGUCCACAUCUCAUUAGUUUCGCGCGUUCACAUCUCAAUGUCAUCAAAUUUUAUUAUUCUUUGCUGUAACGUAUGCUCAACAUUCUUGUACCUCUGUGAGAUUAAAUAGAAGUAAGAUACUUUUUACAUUACACGAACAACGAAAAUAAACAAAUUUGUAAACAAA